ACCACCUGGAGCAGCAUCCUUCGCGCCAAAUCGCCAAUAAAAAGGUCGGGCCCCGCCAGUUUUUCACUUAACAACAUACUCCUCAGUGGCCUGGCUGCCGCAAUUACGACCGCACAAUCCAUCCCAAUCGACUUGUAACCACGCCGGCACAUCAACCACAGCGCCGAAUCUCAGGUCAUUCAGAUGGCAGAGCUAAGCUAAGCUUACCACGGCGGCGUGCACAAGGGAAUGUCUGCCCCGUACCCCGACGCCGAGCGCGAGACUUUUAUCACUCACACGUUCCCCUACAUCUUUGACAAUACCAUCAUCGUCGCAGCAACCCACCCGACAGUCUCCACCGGCUCCCAGUUUGACGAUGGGUGGUUCCUCUCCGACUUUUACGCUUUUAACUACCUCCUAAAAGGUUCAGUUACCGACCAAGUUUAGCCUACCGCUACCGAGCCUAAUAAGUUGCUAAAUAAGUACGGCCUCUAUUACUACGGUACCGCUUCUGAGUAUCCUAAGGUCGUCCUUAGCCCUGAGCUUCUCGAAUUUGAGAUUACUCCUAUAACGGUCGUUUGUCACGGAUUCCCUCUGUACUGGCCGCACUGAACUGGAGUGGGGCGCCUAGGAAGAAUAGUGGGGCUGAGGGGAGGCCCGAACUCUGUGAGCUUCUACUUCGGGCCCGCCUGAUUAGUCCACCUUAGAUAUAUACGAUGUGUGUAAGGAAAGGACAACCCGAACACCAGCCGCGCGCACAGGGUGCGCGCUCACCACCUGUUACCAACUGGCCGGAACACUGCCAGUUGGCACAAGCCACUACGCCACGCCAUGGCGCCCCGGGCCUGAGCCCCUGAGCACGUAUAUAAACAGUGGCCCUCGCCCACCUUCC